AUGGUUGAAGUAAGAAUGUUGAGCUCUGGUCCAACAAUCAAAGGAACAGAAAGAGUGGAGCCUGCCGUGGAGAACUUGCUAGCAACCAUUUCUGAGGUGUUCAAGGAGCCAACAGAACUCCCACCUAAGAGGAAUUAUUUAAGGGCAAGAUAUCAUCAAGUGAGGAUGAAGGUUAGUGAUGAGCAUAAAACUGCUUUCAGAACCCAUCAUGGUUUGUGGAAAUUCAGAGUUAUGCCAUUUGGACUAACAAAUGCUCCAGCUACCUUCCAAUCCCUGAUGAAUGCAGUCUUUAAGGAGCAGCUCAGAAAGUAUGUACUAGUUUUCUUUGAUGAUAUUCUAGUAUACAGCCAAAAUAUUGAAAGAUCACUUGAGCCACUUGGAAAUGGAUCUAUAGUUGUUAAAAAGAAAUCAGUUGUUUGCUAG